AUGGUUUCCACAAAAUCGCUUCUCAUCACCGCCUCCGCCAUUGGAGCAAUGGCUAUUCCAAUCCUCCCACCACUCAAUGUCUCUCCCGGUAUCGAUCUUAAGAACGGACCUGGACGAUUCGGUCAAAGGAAAGGCGGCGAAUUCGGUGUUAAAGCAAUCCCAAAUCCAAAAUACAAGCCAAAUGGCAAGCAUGCGCUUCAUAAAGUGCUUUCUAAAUACAACUUAGAGAUCCCUAGUGGUCUGCGGGAUAUCGUCCGACGAGACGACGGUACCGUUGAGGCUAAACCCGGCGAAUAUGACAUACAAUAUGUCUGUCCCGUCACCAUUGGUGGAAGCCAAAAGCUUAACUUGAACUUCGAUACUGGUAGUUCUGACCUGUGGGUCUUUUCCAACCUUAUGCCGAAGGCUCAACAAACCGGGCACAAGGUCUAUGCACCAGGGUCUUCUGCAAAGCAAAUCAAGGGGGCUACUUGGAAGAUUCAAUAUGGUGACGGAUCUAGUGCUAGUGGAACCGUUGUCAAGGAUACUGUUGCAAUCGGAAAUACUAUCGUUCAAGACCAAGCCGUCGAGCUCGCUAAGACCGUCUCCGAGAGCUUUUCUUCUGACUCUUUUGCCGAUGGGCUCGUUGGUCUGGCGUUCGGAUCCAUCAACACUGUCAAGCCCCAGCAGCAAAAGACUUUUUUCGAGAACGCUAUGGACGGACUAAGUAAAGGUGUUUUGACCGCAGAUCUUCGUCAUCAAGAAGCCGGGUCUUAUGACUUUGGAAUCAUUGAUAACAAGAAAUUUACCGGCCAAAUUCAAUACACACCAAUCGACAAUUCUAACGGGUUCUGGGAAUUUAACGCAAAUUCAUACACUAUCGGAAACACCACCCGCAAGGACUCAGCCACUGCGAUUGCCGAUACUGGCACCACUCUCCUCUUGGUUUCUAACAAGAUUGCCAAGGAGUACUACGCCACUGUUAAAGGAUCCAAGUUGGAUGAACAGCAGGGUGGAUACACGAUCCCAUGCAACGCCCAGCUCCCAGAUAUCACUAUCGCUGUCGGCAGUAAGAAAGCUACCGUUCCGGGGUCCUUGAUCAACUAUGCUCCAAUUGAAGAAGGAUCUAAGACCUGCUUCGGUGGCAUUCAAGGAUACGAUGGCAAUAUGUACAUCUAUGGAGAUAUCUUCUUUAAAGCUUUCUUCUCUGUCUUUGACUAUGAGAAUGAGCAAUUUGGAUUUGCUUCAAAGGCCCACUAG